AUCACACUAUUUUAAUGUAAUUUCAAUACUAAAAAAAAAGUUUUUCUCCAACCAUAACACUAAACUUCACAUUAAAAGUUAUUUAUAAUAUUAUAUAUAUUUAUGUUUUUAUUUAUCAUUUAUUUAAUUAUCUAUUUUAUUAAUAAAAUAAAUUAAUAGUGUUUUAAUGGGAUGAAUAGUGUUUUAGUGUGGUGAAUAGUAUCACACCAAAUUUGGUGUGAAAUUAUAGUGUUGCACUAAAAUGGUGUGAUUUUUAGUGUUGGGUUGGAAAAAAUUUUUGUGUCAAAAUCACAAUAAAAUAGUGUUUUGGAAUUGGGUUGGAGAUGACCUUACUAUUCAUUUCUGAUCCAACCAUCCAAAUUCUACUUUAAAAAACAGUUUUUUGUAUAUUAUUUACAAAAAUAUAUAUAAUAAUAAUAUGAAAACAAAAUUUAGUUAGUCUGAAAAAUCCAUAUCUUCUCUGUAGUAAUAUUUAGAAAAGAGAAUCUUACUCAAAUCCUUCUCCAUUUUUUAUUAAAAAUAUUAUUUUCUCUAUGUUUUUUGCUAAACUAUUUUCUCCAUAUUUGAAGGAAUAUAUAUUCUUUUUACAUUUAAAGUAAUAUUUUCUCAAAAAAGGAAUAUAUAGUAUUUUAUAUUUAAAGUUAAAAAAAUGUUUUAGUUAUCAUUUAUUGGAGUCAAUUGGAUUUCUAUUUUAUUUUUUAUUGUAAACAUAUCAUUGGAAAUGUUCUGAAUUCAAAAUGGCAGUGUGAUAAGAAAAAAAAUAGUGGUUAUCAGGAUUAAUGAUAAAAAUCACACCGGAUGUGUCGGCUAAUCUUUUUGUUCAUAUAUUUCCUGUCAAUUUAAUCACAUCUGAUAUUAGGAGCGUGGGGUCCUAUAAACCGAGAUUCCACGUAAGCAAAUACAAGAAAACGACAAGGAAUCUGACUGUCCAUACUUAUCCAUUUUCAAUGACGUGUGGCUUUCACUUGAGUAUCGAAUCGAAGCAAAUUCGCUUACGCGGCAAAUUACACUGUCUAUCAUCUCAACAUGAUAACACGUGUCAUUCACUCAUCACUUUUAUGGACUGGACCAAAAACUUAGUUCAGCCCAUUGGACUGCAUUACCCUGGCCACCACCACCAAACACGUCUUAAAUGUUUUAAUUGUUUUUCUUUAACUAGUUGUUUCAUUAACUAAAAAUUGACUGAUCGUCAAGGAAAAUUGUUUCAACGCAUGAUGGAAACAAAGGAACUAUAAUUCAGUUUAACAGGAUAAUCACCUGCUUGGUUAGAACAUCUUGCAAGUCCAUCAAUAGACCUAACGAAUCUAAUUAAAUUGAUUUCAAUCACAUUAAUUAAAGUAGAUUGAAUACCGUUUUAUUAUCACUUUCAAACUGUACAUGUGGAUUUCUUUUCAUCAAGACGUUGUUGCAUAUAUUCAGUUUGUAAUGGCAAUCUUAGCACGAUCCACUGUUCUGCUUUUAUAUUGUAAAAGGAGAUUUCAACUCUUCCUACUCUUCAAAGAAUCCAUAUUAUUAAUUAGUUUUCUCAACUGAUGACUGAUGAGAGAGAUUUAUAUUACUAUAACAAUCUAACACUGCUUGAAAUUUGUCUUCAAAAGAACUAGUAGAAUCCAAGAGAAUCUCAUUUGUAAUAGGGGAUCCAUUCCAACAUGCAUGUGCAUAAAUACACUUCAAGAAAUAGUACCAUGGAUUUUUCUUUUUUUUUUCUGAGAACUAGUACCAUGGAUUCUUCACCCGUGCAACAUCAACAUCCUAAUGUGGUUCCAACCGCCAAUGCAUGUGAUAGCAUUCUCUAUAGGAAAUGAUGUAUCUCGAGAGCAGUAUUCAGUUUCCAGGUUUUCUUUUGUAAUCGAUCAGUGUGGGCGGAAGAGCAACGUUGAUCUCUUGAUAUGGUAUAAUUAUACCGUAUAAAGUCCAUCCCAAAAGGUCUUGUGAUGAUAUGUGACUAAGUUUUCGCUUUAGAAUAUGUUAGAGCAUCUUUCUAUACGAUUAUUUACUGAACUCAUUUGAUAACAAUUCUGACAAAAAGAAGAGCUUUUAGCACAAAACCCAAAAUAUAAAUACCACACAAAAUAACUCAAUAUCUUCCACAAAAGAAGGAUAAAACAUAGAAAGAACAAUAAAAAGAAUCAGCCAAACUAUUAUUGGUUUUGCAAGAAAACAAAUAAAGUUUUAAAAAUCAAUGGUUACAUGAUAACUACUCUGCUAAUAUUCGUUAAUCCUCGAUUAAUGUCUUUCAUCUUCCCUCUCUUUCAGGUUCCUUGUUAUUUAAACAACCUAUGAAUCCGAUCAUCUAUUUCUAAACCCUAGGCCGACCAGAAAACUUUUUUUUGGACGACCCUAGUUCCAAGGGUUAUCUAUCACCAGAAUAAGUUACAAAAACUCACCGUCGAUUUCAAAUGGCGUCUGCUCAUUUGAAUCUUGGGAGCUACGUCUUCGCCUUUGUCUCGUUAUCUCUAGCCGUCGUGGCUCCAUCGGUUCAAGGUCACGUCGCGGUAUACGAUGAAUAUUGGACCCAACGCCAAACCGACGCAUUGCGAGAAACUAUAAAAUCUUAUGACCCGAACCCGUUUAACGUCACGGACCACUUUAACCACCAUGCCGCAUUAGCAAUGGAGACGACUGGUGCAGACAACGGAACAAGGAGAGAGCUCCGACAAGUUAGACGCGGUCGGAAAACAAGGAGACGUGGCGGAAGGCACCACUCCCUUAACGCUAUCGAUAAAUGCUGGCGAGGCGACAAAAACUGGCACAAAAACCGAAAAAAGCUAGCGGACUGCGUCCUAGGAUUUGGUCGGAAAACAACCGGAGGCAAAAAGGGACAGUUCUACGUAGUCACCGACGCAUCUGACCACGAUCUCAUCAACCCCAAGCCAGGAACUCUAAGACACGCAGUGACUCGCGACAGACCGCUAUGGAUCAUAUUCGGUAGAUCCAUGAUCAUAAAACUGCAGCAAGAACUGAUCAUAACACACGAUAAAACUAUCGAUGGUCGAGGAGCGAAUGUACAUAUAAUGGGAGGUGCAGGUUUAACGUUACAGUUCGUGAAGAAUGUGAUCAUACACAAUAUUCAUAUCAAACACAUUAAAUGUGGGGCUGGUGGGAUGAUCAGAGACUGUGAACAUCAUGUUGGGCAGCGUUCAAAGAGUGAUGGUGAUGGGAUCAAUAUUUUCGGAGCCACGAAUAUUUGGAUCGAUCAUGUCUCCAUGACUCAUUGUUCUGAUGGGAUGAUCGAUGCCAUUAUGGGAUCGACCGCCAUUACUAUCUCCAACUCCCAUUUAACCGACCAUAACGAGGUGCUGUUGUUUGGGGGUAAAGACGGGGAUGUGAUCGACAAGAAAAUGCAGAUAACGGUUGCGUUUAACCAUUUUGGUAAGAGAUUGGUCCAAAGAAUGCCAAGGGUCAGAUACGGUUUGGUCCAUGUAGUGAACAAUGACUACACUCACUGGGAAAUGUAUGCUAUUGGUGGGAACAAGAACCCUACCAUUAUAAGUCAAGGCAACCGUUUCAUUGCUCCUCAUAAAGAAACCUGCAAGCAGGUUACAAAGAGAGAGUAUACGCCUUAUACAGAGUGGAAGUCAUGGAACUGGCAGUCAGAGAGAGAUUACUUCUUGAACGGAGCUUACUUUGUAAAUUCAGGAAGGGCAAACGCGUGGAGCCCUGCCCCGAAAAACCCAAUCCAUAGAAAGUUUGCGAUCCGGCCUCAAUCAGGAACAGGUGUAAGAAGACUCACUAAGGAUGCUGGUACGCUUGGUUGUACACCAGGCAAGUCCUGCUGAUUAAAAAGUUCUCUGCUGGCGCGUUUGUGUGUGUGUGUGUGCCAUGUUUGUUAUGGU